AUGAAUUUAUCAAACUGGUCAAUAUCAGCGUAUAUAGAGAGUGCGCCGAUUACAACGUCGACCACGCCCCAUACGUCAACGACAACGGCGGCGUCAACAUCAACGUCGUCAUUCGCGUCAACUGUCGCAACCACCUUAGCCACUAAAAUAUUCACCACGAUGACGUCAUCAAUCACGACAACAUCCCCAUCCGGUGAUGGUGAUAUUCGUGUGAUUAUGCUUAACAAUACUGCACAACAAGGAGUGUCCAUAGAGAACUUUACUGUCGAAGAAACAUGUCGAUUUCGAGGUACUACUGAAAAUUAUAUCGUCAUCUUCACAUUUAUAACAAUAUUUCUGCUAUCGGUGAUUGGUAACGCUCUCGUCAUUGUGGUCAUCUUGCAGCAACGAGCCAUGCGAUCUAUAACGAACAUCUAUCUAAUGAACUUGGCGAUAACAGACUUGAUGCUGUCUGUAGUAUGUAUGCCGCCAACAUUAUUCUCUAUGGUGAUGAAUUGUUGGAUAUUUGGAAACGUUCUAUGCAAAUUGUUCGCUUAUUUACAACCCAUGGUAGUGACGGCAUCCGCGUACACUCUGGCUGUAAUAGCAUUCGAGCGAUAUUAUGCGAUUUGUCGUCCGCUACAUUCACGAAUAUGGCAGACAAGAUCGCACGCUUAUGCGAUGAUCAUGUUGGUUUGGGUGAUAGCGUUAGCUGCUAAUGUGUUAAUGUUGUUUAUGUACGAAGAGCGAACAUAUAAUGGAAAUGGUUUAACGUGUACACCGAUCUACAAACCUGUCUAUCAUUUUGCCAAUCAAGUCUACAUGACCAUCGUGCUUCUUGCUGUCCCACUAGUGAUAAUGACGGUGCUUUAUGGAUCAGUGAUUCGGACGUUAAAGAUUGGUAUACGUCAGGAAAUUGCUGCCGUUGACUCAGUAGAUCAAGAGAGUAAACGUUCAGACAGCUCCGAGGAGAACAACGAGUUGGAGAGAAAAAGGUCGCUUUUCCGAAAGUUAACUGCGAAAUGGAGGACUGGAAAAAGGACAGGAGUGGUGAAAUCCAGAGACUCCAGCGCACGGAAAAAAAGCGACAUCCCCCCAUUGGAGGCUAGCUUGCGCUCUACACAUAUUCAAAAAAGCGCCGUAGCGAAGCAACGGGUGAUUAGGAUGCUUAUUGUCGUCGUGAUUAUUUUCUUUUGUUGUUGGACACCGUCGUAUAUUUGGUGGUUAUUGUUGAUGGCUGGCGACUCUUUUGAGAGCCUCGAACUAAGCGUAUGGAAUUCGGAUCUGAACACGUUCAUCACACUUUUGACGUACAUUUCUUCGUGCACUAACCCAAUCACAUACUGUUUCCUUAACAAAAAAUUUCGUACUGCUAUUUAUGCGAUGUUCGGCAGGAAGAAAGCAUUACGACAUCACUUUCAGAAGGUGUAUUUCCCAGUUAACGCUCACACUCCACACAAGCCACAUGAAAAGCUGCUGAUCAACAGAUCAGUCUCAUCGACCUUCAAUCCUCAACAUCCGGUCGAUUUUAAACCUCCUCAAAUGACGCGUAGUAUAUCACAAGCGAAAUCGACCAACUACUUCCUAUUGUAA